AGGAAUAUCAUCAAAAGCUAGGCGGAAAGAAAGCUCUGUUAAACUUCAUUUUUCGAAAUAUUUAUCCGUCACAUCUCUUCUAGAUUAUCCAAACAUGACGAUAUCCGAAGCACCCGAGGUUUUGGAAGAAAUCUGCUACACAUUUAUAAUCCAGACUGGAUCCAACAUUCCAUCCAAAACCAAGACGCAGAAGUGGAGUGACGGGACCAUGAUCCUAAACAUCAACCCUGGGUCAGACAACCAAUCCCCUCCUAUCAAGGUAAAAGAAUGCUUCCCCAUGGAGACCGAAGGAGCGGUGACAGUAGAUUUUUGGCUUCCUGCCACAGUCGGAGUCCCCAAGCUUCUGAAGGUGGACCUGGAAUCCAACAAGUUGGAGAUAAUAAAAGACGCGCUAUUUGUGCGGCAGAUCACAGUCACGUACAACAGACACCCAUACCGGUUUCCUAUAAAGAACUAUGUGUACCCACACAAUCCUAUGAGAGGGAAUCCAACUGUAGCUGAGAUGGGGUGCCCGCCCCAUUUUCUAGUUAGAGAGGGAGCUGGAACUCUUAAACACCUUGAAACGGAGGAGUUCAUUAUAAACGCAAGAGAGGAGGACCUGGAGACGAUACAGUCAAUGGUUGAUUGGUAUCAUCCUAAAAAGGCUCGGCCAGGAUUCCUGCUCCCAGGAUUCUUUGGGACGAUGAACUAUUCAAAGUUGCCUCGCUUCUUACAGUUCAGGGAGGCGCAAAUGGAGGCGUUCGAGGAAUUGAGAAAACCAGUGAGGGAAGAAGUGAGAAAUAAUGUUGUACAUAACAUGAAAGAUAAGCUUCUGGGCACCUAUAAAGAGGAAUGGUUUCCUUCAUUUGAGCAUUACGCUGAAUUCGUGAAGGAAACGGCCGCUGGGAUGGGAUGGGCAAAGGAAACUGUAUUCGAGACGAUGAAACUCGCUAAGAUAUUUCGAUCUGACGAGGAAUUCGGAAGACAAAUGUUAGUGAGUCCUAAUGGACUCCAGAUAAGAAAAGUCACAUCAUUAGAUAAGCGGUGGGCUGACAGAACUGUUCCUGAAUAUGCGCUGGAAGGGAAAUCUGUGCAGGAGGUUAUAGAAGAGGGUCACUUGUUCGAAAUUUUGAACGAUGACCUGUUGGGGGUACCUCAUGGUGGGUCAAGAAGCAAGGAAUUGACAGGAACCAAGCAAACAUGGUAUGUUGUGCUCGCAGAUUGUCUUUUCUAUCAGACAAGCGAAGGGAAGAUAGUGCCAGUCCUGAUUCGUCUUGAAAACAGGAAUGACAAGGAACCAGCUACUUUCUGGGCACCUCCUAGCCCUGAAAUAACCGACUUGGAGCAUCCAAAACAUCUUUCCUGGCUCUACGCCAAAAUGUGGUUUCGAUGUGCUGAUGCUAACGUUCAGACUUUCAGCAAACACUUCGCCCGAGCACAUGCCACCAAUGAGAUGUUUGCUGUUGCGAUUUAUCGGAAUUUACCCAAUGCUCACCCAAUGUUCCGGUUACUUCAGCCCCACAUCCAGGGAAUAAUCCCCAUCAACGUGCAAGCGAGGAACGUCCUGAUAAACCCAGGCAAGAACGUGGUAUCCAUGUAUCUGUCAGGUGGGGAUGGGUUAGCGGUGGUUCUCACCAACUAUUACAAACGGUUCACUUACCAGAACCUUGUGCUGCCUGAUGAAAUCAAAAGCAGGGGCGUGGAGGAUAUUCCUGAUUAUCUCUUUAGGGAUGAUAUUCUCUAUUAUUGGGAAGUAAUCGGUAAUUAUACAAGGAAAAUGGUUGAUCUUGCGUAUCCCAGUGAAGAGGAUGUUGCCAAAGAUUCUGAGCUGCAAAAUGUUUUCAAAGACGUGGUUGACUUUGGAUUGCGCGGAUUUGAAGAUGGUGCUGGAUUCCCAAAGGUGAUAUCGGGCAAAGAAAAGCUGAUAGAAUACCUGACCGCCAUCAUCAUCAACAUUUCUGUUUUCCACUCAGCCGUCAACUUCCAAACCUUCACGAGCUACGCCUUCACCCCUAAUGCUCCGACCUACCUUUCUUCUCCUCCACCGAAACAAGACCAGCAGAUUACAAAGGAGGAGAUAUUGAAAUCGUUGCCGGUGAAAGAAGUCUCCUUCAUAACCAUGGCAGUGUGUCUAGUGCUGGGCAGUUACUCUCCCAUAGAGAGGCUUUACCUGGGUUCACCCUCCGAGAACAAGCUGGGGAUAUUCGGAGAGAACAUGGCGGUAGCUCCUGAACAGGAAGACUUUAUUCACGAGCUGGUGGAGGAUAUGCGGCGUCUCAAACGCAAGAUUGAUGCUCGGAAUGUUGGACGGUAUUUGAAGUACGAUGUGAUGAGUCCGGUCAACACUCCAAUAACAACUCAAAUAUAGCAGGAUAUCUUGUAAAUAUGAUUAGAUAAGAGUGACUAGAAUGAUAGAAAGACAUCUUUUUAAUUACAAUUAUAAUGCGAUGAGAGUUACUUGUGGUAUUCAAGUAGUGCUUUGACUAGUACUUAGUAGUGAGUGUAAAUUUGUUCACGUGAUUUCUGUUGUCCACAUUAACGUUUUUAAGCUGAGACUUUCAUGUUUUUAAUACCCUUAAAUUUUCAAAUUUGCGUGAAUCAAAAUGAUUGCUC